UUCUCUCAAAAGCAGAGGUAUCAGCGCGCGUCCCCUAGAACCGAGCGUGCUGUUCCGUGAGUGGCUUCUCCUCGCUCCCGUUCACCCCAGCGUUUCUCUCCUGAGCGCGGGAGCCUUUGUCUGUUUUCACCAGAAACAACCUAACUUAUUGUUUUCUGUCGGCUUGACAUAUUACAAUUGUUUUUUAAUAUUAUAUUUAAUUUUAUUACUACCGGUAAUUGUUUUUCGUACCGGUCCUUCGGACUGCCAGUAUCUAAGGAUUUUUUGCUUCGGUUUAAAGAGAGAAAUCGACCGAAGAAAGAAGCUCCGGAACUUUGCAAGUUUUAAGCUUUAUAGACUGAGACGAAGCAGGACCCGCGGCUGCCAAGGACAAAAGAUCACGAGGACCCCAGGCGACCCCUCCCAAUCCAAAUAAUUCUUUGGCCUAAUUGACCCGUUCCCUAAGAAGACACCCUGGAUCCCAGCAUGACCAAAGCUGAAAUGGGCAAGCUGAACAACAUCCGAGAGGAGGACAGCAGCAGCUACAGCUCCAACAGCAACGACUUCAGCUAUCACUACCCCACCAAAUCAGCUGCGAUGAAGAGCCAUUACGUAGAUAUGGAUCCAGAAAACCAAAACUUUUUACUUGAAUCCAACCAAGGGAAGAAGAAAUACGAAACUGAAUAUCAUCCAGGUACAACUUCCUUUGGAAUGUCAGUAUUUAACCUGAGCAAUGCUAUUGUGGGCAGUGGCAUCCUUGGACUUUCUUAUGCCAUGGCAAACACAGGAAUUGCUCUCUUUGUAAUUCUCUUAGUCUUCGUGUCAAUAUUUUCUCUAUAUUCCGUUCAUCUUCUUUUGAAGACUUCCAACGAAGGAGGAUCUUUAUUAUAUGAACAAUUGGGAAUGAAAGCAUUUGGCAUGCCUGGAAAACUUGCAGCAUCUGGAUCAAUUACAAUGCAAAACAUUGGAGCUAUGUCAAGCUACCUCUACAUCGUGAAAUAUGAGUUGCCAUUGGUCAUCAAAGCAUUUUUGAACAUUGAAGAGCAUUCAGGAGAAUGGUAUUGGUAUACUAAUGGCGAUUAUUUAGUUAUAUUAGUAUCCUUGGUGCUCAUUCUUCCUUUGUCAUUGUUAAAAAAUUUAGGUUAUCUAGGCUACACCAGUGGAUUUUCCUUAUUGUGCAUGGUCUUCUUCCUUAUUGUGGUCAUUUGCAAAAAAUUUCAAAUUCCUUGUGGAGCAGAACAUGAUCUAAUUAAUGCAACUCUGAACAUUACCAUGGAGCAACCGUUGACUGCAAAUGAAACAAAUAUUAAUGCAACAUAUGAUUCCUGUGUACCAAAAUAUUUUAUCUUCAAUUCAAAGACUGUCUAUGCUGUACCAAUCCUGACAUUUUCUUUUGUCUGUCAUCCUGCUAUUCUCCCUAUUUAUGAAGAACUGAAAGGCCGAACCCGCAGAAGAAUGAUGAAAGUAUCCAAUGUUUCAUUUUUUGCUAUGUUCCUCAUGUAUCUUUUGGCUGCUCUCUUUGGAUACUUGACAUUUUAUGGAAAAGUAGAAGCCGAAUUGCUCCAUACUUAUUCGGAAGUGCUUGGGACUGAUAAUCUCCUUCUGAUUGUGCGCUUAGCAGUCUUGAUGGCAGUCAUUCUUACUGUUCCAGUUGUGAUUUUUCCAAUCCGCAGUUCCGUUACACAAUUACUGUGUGCAGGCAAAGAAUUUAGUUGGGUGCGUCAUUGUAUUAUUACAGGAGCUAUUUUGGUAUGCACCAACGUUCUCGUCAUUUUUGUUCCCACAAUUCGAGACAUAUUUGGAUUCAUUGGUGCCUCUGCUGCUGCCAUGCUAAUCUUUAUACUUCCAUCAGCUUUCUACAUUAAGCUUGUGAAAAAAGAAUCCAUGCAAUCCGUGCAAAAAAUUGGGGCUCUCAUGUUCCUGCUAAGUGGCAUAAUUGUGAUGAUUGGAAGUAUGACCUUAAUCAUUAUGGAUUGGAUCAACAAUUAACCUACCUGCUUUAUUCAUUAGUCUUCAUUCUGCCAUCUUCUGGAGAGAAAAAACUUCUGCCUAUGUUUGCAGCUCUGCUUCCUUUGAUGCUAGUACUCUUAACUGUAGAACAGAUGGAUUUUAAAGAAAGAAAAGCAAAAGAAACUAUUCUGUACAAGAAUAGAUACUAAUAUCAAGUCAGCUGAAUCUUUGGCUGAGUGAAGUGACUUUUUUUUAUUCCAUUCCAGGGAAUGGACAGCUCAUUCUAUAAAAUUUUAUUAAGCCAUGUUGGGCUUUGGACAUUGUUACUUGGAUUCUUUAUUAUUUACUUGAAUGUGCCUAAUGAAAACAAUAGAUGUGAGAAGUAAAUUAGUUUACAGCAAGUUUCUAAGCUAGCCAUUAAAAGCAAGGGGGAAAAAACUAUUAUUAUUUUUAUACCAAAUAACUAUGGACUCAAGAGCACUAUUUUGACUUUUAAGAAAACAUUUUAUAAAUUAAAGAUCCAAAUAAGGGUAAGAAAAUAUCAGUACACUGUUUAAUCAAUAACCUCAGUUCAAAAUGUUCGCCUUUCUACAGAGGCAUAUUCUGAAAAUUAUAUUUUUUCAUCUCAAUAAGCUUAUUUUUUAAAUCUGUUACAACUAAUAUUUAAUUGGCUAUCUUAAAAGAAUAGAACUAUAAUUAAAUUUCAUUUGGAAUUUUAGUUAUUCUAACACUAAAACCAAACAAAGAUUUGUUAAGAAGUUCCAAUUAUAGUAUAUUGAAUCAGUUAGCAUAAGGUACUAUACUGUGUUUCAAGGAGCCAUUUCCUCAAAUGUAAUUUUUUUGGAAAAACAUCAGAAUUUCUGAUAUAUUAAUUUAUGGCAUUCUGUUCUCAUUAGAGCUGUAUCCAGGCAACUCUUGAAAUUAAUGAAAAUUUUAUAGGAGCAUUAUUUGGCAACUUGCUGGUCCAUUCAUAAAAUAUAAUGUUGGCAUUUUUCUUCUUGGGGUACUCAGUAGUGUAAUUACAGAAGAUAAAAACAUUUUUAUUUUUAUUUUUAUUUGAUCUUACCAAAGCACAGUAAAUUGUUAGAUAAUGUGAUGUUCCUAGCAAAAAAUAUGGCUUUUUAGUAUAUAGAAGAAAAAUAUUGAGGUCUUGUUAUAGUUUACUGGAGGUAAAGUGUACAGAUAGUGUGGUACUUUUCAGAUGCAUGUUUUCAUUAUUAAUAUAUUAUGUUACAUAAUUGCACCAGACUUUGGUACAUGUGACAAAAUUCUUUUCAUAAAAUAACUGGAUUUCUUAAUGCAGUUUUCUAAUGAUUGACUAAACUGUCAUAUUCACACACAUACACACACACGGUGCUAAAUGAAUGGGCCUCAGUAUUAUUGGGACAGUAGGAUAACAACCAUAGGUCAUGUACAAUAGAUGUCCAGAACAUGAUCCUCCCCUGAUUGGACAACAGAUAUUACACAGAGUAUAAGCAUUCAACGAACAUAUGAACUGGCACACCUCUCACACUCCUGUCUGUCUCCCAUUCAUCACUUAGCCUGGAAACUCAAGAAGAGCUGAAUAUUGAGACGGGGAAUUCAUACAUACUUCCCAUUUCUAUGAUAACUUAAAGAGAUAUUUAAUGAAUUUGCCAAGUGGGAUAGAGGGUAAACUCUUCUCUAUUAUGCUUUGUAGUAAUAAAUCUGUGUUGCAAGAUUUAUUUGCAACAUUUUCCAAAGGAAGAAUCAUGGUUACUACAUAUAAUAAUUAUACUAUUUCAACCCCAAGGUGUAAAGACAUUUAGGACAUUUUUUUUUUUCAUUUCACAGAAAUUGCUGAGUAGAUUCUCUGCCAGAAUCUAAAAAGGCAGAAUUUAACUAGGUAACAUUCAAACAAUUGGCAUAAUCUAACUUAAUAGUAGUAGCUCAAUAGUAACUAUUAAGUUAGAGCAAUCAAAAAAUGUCAUAUAAUUAACCAGAACAUUUUUUAAGCAUAGGUUUGUUUUUAAAAAAUAUACAGCAAAUAUUUCCCAUUGAAUUCUGAUUCUUAACCUAAUAAUGUUUCAUUAGGGCACUUGUCAAAAAGGAACACGAUUUAUUGAAAAGUAACUGUAAUGUUUCCCCUUAUUGCCUUAGAAAGGCUAGAAUUCAAGCCAUGGUUCUACGCAGGACAAUAUAAUUUGUACUUGAAUAAUAGUUGUGAUAAUCUCUUUUAUUCCUAAAAUGUCAGUAAUCAACACUAGUACUGUUAAAAAUACAAAGCUUCUUUUUUGAUCCAGAUUGUCUAAAGAAAACAUCUUAGAAUUUCAAAGAUCACUCUUUGGUAAGCAAUUGUGAUGUAAUGUAAGAUCUCAUUGUUAAGUGUUUAUAUCUCAGAACUACCAUUGGCAUUACUGGGUGAAUACAACAUACUUAUGUAGCAGAUAUAAAUAACUUAAUAUUAAUGUCCCGACUUAAAAUCUUCUUGCAUUUUGUACUAGUGUAGUGGUAUUUUGCGCAACAUCUUAAAUACUCCAGAAAGUAUAUGGAAUAAUUUUAAAAUGAUUUUUUUUUCUUUACAACGACUAGGGUUGCCCAGUAUCUUUAAUCUGUCUGGGGAGUUAAAGAUCAAAAAUCAUUCUUUUCCAAACAGUAAAAAAUGUUGUUAUAGCCUAAUUGUUCAUCUAAAAGUGACAAAAGUGGAGGGAACACACUUGUCCAUCUGCAAAAAUGAUACUGAAUUGUUGCUGAAUCAGCAAUAUCUGGGCAGUUCAAAUUAGGGAUUGCACAGUUUUCUUUCAUUUGCAAAGUCAAACUUCUCUAACUACUCCUGAGUACCACUAAGAUAUCUUGUUUGCUAACAUACAGAAAUGUGGUACACAAACUUCUCAGGAGCUAGUAGUUUCAGUAUUAAACCACUGUUUGUCACCUCAUUUUAAAAUUACUGUCUUCCAUAUUAUUUUACUCACAAUAUGUAACAUGUUAUUUAUGGAACAGUACCUGUUGAAGUUAAAACCUAUUUUUUAAUAUUUAUGGGUAACCUGUAUAUAAAUCAUUAUACUGUAUAUGUAUAUAUAUGUAUACAUACUGUAAGUAUAUUGUAUAUAAGGUAAGGUAAGGAUUUUGAUUAUGUAUAUAAGUUUACAUUAAUAGUUAGCACAUUAAAUCCAUAAUUCCUUCAUGUUGUAUAUCCAAGACAUUGUCACAGGAAAAUCUCUGGAGAAAUUGUAUGCCAGUGAUCAAUUGUUUUUGCAUUUGUUAUACAAAUAUAAAAGUGUACCCAAAAUGUAUUAGUUCAAUUCUACAUUUCUCUUUGAACUGUACAACCUAUUCUAUACUGCAAACUAAUAAUGAAAUUCCUUUAGUUUCCAAAGCAGUUUAUGAUGUGAGAAGAAUGGGAGCUACUAUUUGACAGCAAAAAAUACCCCUUUUUUGAUUCAGAAAAUUAGUUUCCUAAAUAUCUGGACCCAGGGCCAUUGUUGUAGGCCACUGUUGUAAAGUGAGAAACCUAAUUUUACAAUGUACAAUUUGCAUUGAUAUUUUCAGUGACUGUUUUUAAAACCAAUGACUGAUGUUUCAUAUAUAGGUAUGAUUUGUAUAUAUCAUGUAUAUAUAUAUAGAUAAAGAGAUACACGCUGUAUUGUUAGAUCAACAAUUUAAAUAUAAUUGUUGAAAAGAGUGCUACACUGUUUCAAUGAAACACUAAGUUUUAACUAAAUAAAGAUCAAAGCUUAAGAAUGGA